GACGGCUGGACGGACCGGUCGGUCGGCGAGCCCGGUGGCGGGUCCGGAGCCGCGCGACGCGGGCACAGCGGGCGGGAAUCGAGAGCGAGGCGGAUGGAGCGCGGCGCGGUACGGCGGCUGGCGGUACGGCUGGGGAUCGGCGAGCCGCGCGUCGUCAGGAAAGCCGAGGAGUACCUGCGGCUGUCCCAGGUGAAGUGCGCGGGGCUGAUGGCGCACGUGACCGCGAGCGGCCUGGCCGUGAUGUGCCUGGAGCUGGCGGCCCGCUGCGCCAAGCACCCCGCCGGCAAGAGCUCCUUUGUUAAACUCUCCGGUUUGAACAAGACCGCGUACCAGAGCUCCGUGAAGGCCUUGGAAUGUUUACUGGGGGUGAACGCCCGGCUGGGGAUGCGCGAGCUGGCGGUGCAGUUGUGCUGCACGGAGGCACUGAGCGCGGCCUCGGAAAUCCUGCAGAGGUACGAAUCCAGCCUCCCUGAAGCACAGCAAAUGGAACUUGAUUUCUCAAAACCACUAUUUAUAGCAGCUGCACUAUUCACUGCGUGCAGGUGUUUGAAGCUGAAAGUGGACAAAUCUAGGGUGUUGGCUAUAUCUGGAGUGAAAAAAGCAAUAUUUGAUCGCCUGUGCAGUCAGAUGGAGAAGAUAAGCCAGCAAUUCAACAAAGAUGAUAUUCCAUUAGCUGCAGAGACAUCUGAAACCCAGCAGACUGACCUGGAGCAAUGUGAGAAAGAAAGUUCUGAAGAUUAUGAUGAUGAGAUUCCAUGUAAACAGCCAAAGACUGAAACAAAGCAAGACUAUGAAGAAUGGAAAAGGAGAAUCCUGGAAAAUGCUGCUAAGGCACAAGAGACAAAUAGUGGUACUGUUUCUAUAGUGCCACCUUGUAAUAUCACUACUGCUUGCUCAUAAUGUUAACAGUCCUUUUGUUCUUAACAAUUCCUGUAGCAUACAAGUGAUGACUGGCUGGUAUUCAGCUAAUUUUAUUUUUUGAGCUAGUUUUUAAAAGUUAUUUUUAGUAAAUGACAAUUGAGGUGAUUUUUGGAAGAAGCAUGUUUAAUUAUUUGCCAGGCUGGUACUUGAGCAGAUGUAGCAUUAUGUGGUAGGACAGCUUCAUUUUUCUUGGUACAAGCAGCAGGUGACACUCCAAUAUGAUGUUCAAUGUGAAUAAAUUAUAAGUCACAUGUCCUUGUGCCUCUAGCUGGCAGCAGACAAUGAAAAAGAGUGGGAGGAGACCAACUGUGCCUUGUUAAACAGCAAAAACAACAGAUGAAUUAAAGACUGAGUAAUUUUUAAAACUGUCAAACACUUAUUCACUGAACUGACAAUAGUUUUUAUGCCUGUGUAGGACUGAAGUCUCUUGUGUAUGUAAUGGGGCCCAGCUGUUCCAAGAAACAAUAAAGAUAUCGGAAGGAAAAGCUUUGCAUUAAGACGUGCAUUUUUAUGCACAUGGUUGUUGUAUGUAAAACUUCUGGGGGGCAAAGUAAGACAGGAGGACCCAUCUGUGGAAGGUAUCCAGGGAACAAGGAUUUUGAACGUAGUGAAGCUGGGACACAGACCUUUUUGUUGUAUCUCAGGAGCAUAAGCUUCAACUGGAGUGCCCUGACCCAUAGGUCUUAGAGGCAACUUGUGUCAUCCUAUACUUUCAUCCCACCUAUUCAGAGUAGGACUUAAAGUAACUAUUUUUGAAAGAAAAAUCAUAACCUUUAGCAGUCCAGGACUAGCGUUACUAUAAUAAAGUCAAGCCAAUUCUGCUGCCCAUUUCUUGUCUUCUGUCUGAGUUGUAUGAACAAGUUAACUUUUAUAAAUCAUCAUUUCAAAAAAAAAAAAACCAGAAACUCCUUAGCUAUUUGCAUGAAGGGAAAUAACUCCUGUCUGAGCACUUAGAUUUGAAACAGCAUUCCCAUCUGAGCUUCUCAACAGUAUUUUGAUGGUCUGCCAAAUGCCUCACUGCUUAGCAUGUUUCUUGCUUACCUGGGUGACACUGAUUCCAGCUUCAGCUAUUACCCUGUGGGGCCACCUGUUUUUUUUUGUUUUCCCAUACUCUGUUCCAGUGUCUUGCAGACUGUGUGUAGGGUGUUUUUAGCUUUUUGUAGACCAUGCAGGACAUUAUGAAAUAUCCCAUGAGACUGCAGAGAUGGUUUUCACUGUAUUGCAGAAUUACGUGGCUACAGAAGCUGAAAAGAUUUCUGUUAAGAACAAAAUAGCAAGCCAGAUGCAUCCUCUUUUUGUAGAUGGAGAGGAAAUAUAAGACAGCAGAGAACAGCUAUAUCUAUUACCCCCUUACAAAAAUAGAGGAAGUACUACACAGUAAGUGGUAAAAUGAAGUUUACUAGCAAAUUACCUUUCACUUCAUCUCACAGUGUAAUUGAAGCAUAAAAAAGAAAUAAAUUCUAGUCACCUUUAAAUAGUAAAAGCCAAUUUCAUACCUGAUGAGAGUCCUGAAACAUAACAGUAACUUUAUUGUGGAAUGGACUCCAAACAAAUGCAUGGCGUGCAGAGAAAAAUCUUAGUUAAUGAACCCCCAGUAGGAGCUGUAACAAAACAUCUGCUAUUAAUAUCUAACAUGUGGCAGAGGGGUGAGAUCUUACAUUCUGUAAGACCUAAUGAAAGAUGCUUUCUAAUGUUUGUUUUUUGAACCAAAAUGGAGGAAUGGGCCUGUUCCUUUAUAAUGUAUUUUAUUAGUAUUAGUUCAGAAAUAUACAGACCAAAGAAUAUAUCCACUUCUAGCAUGCAGAACCACUGUGGAAGGAAAAUAUGAACAAAAGUGGGCCUUCACAGAAGGUGAUACAUUGUAAAGAUUCACUGGAUUUUAAUCAUUUUUCACUGCUCUGAUAGUAGAAAAUCGGCACCAGUCCAGAAUCCAGGGAUUAGAAUAAGUGGGAAGCACUAGAGCGGAAAGAAGAUAACUAGGCUAGGGUAAGGCAUUCAUAAAAUCUUCUUUAUUAGCAACCAGCACUUUUGCUAAUUUAAGGGAUAUGAAAAUCUGUAAAGUUAAUGGGAGCUUGGCAGCAGCUAGAUGUCUUCACUGAAAAGCUAGUUCUAGGAAAACCAACAAGUAUCACUAAUAAAGAGCCUGUUCAGCUUACACUGAGCUCUACAAAAUCUAGAACAGGAAUGAAAGAAACCACAGGUCUAAUAAAUAAUGUUGCAUUUUUAGCUGAGAAAUUGUAAGUGGCUUCAAUUCUUUAGACAUCAUGAAGAGUUAGUAUUGUGAAGAAAAAGUCUUAUGUUUGAGAGCAAGUUGGGAAAAAAAGGGUUU